AUGACAGUUACAACCAAUUGGUUUGAUCCUCUUCCUAUAACUGAAUAUGUAAAAAUUAAUGAGCAGAGCUCAAAAGAUAUUCCUGAUACUUAUCCUGUUGACAAAGAAUUGUUUGGUGGAGAAUUGGAUAUUAGAAGUGGACCAAUUUUAAAAUUAGUUAGUAGUUUGGAUAAUGGUAAUGGAUAUCGUGGUUCAAUUUUAUUGGUUAUUAAAACUAAAGAUGUUAAUACGGCUGUUGCACCUGUUAUCACUUAUCAAAUUGGCCCAGCCACAAAAUCUGACCCUGAAAAAGAUACACAACCAAGUUUAUCAUCAGGUGAAUUCAGUUCUACAAAAUUCUAUCAAGUUGAAAGUGAAGGUUUAGCUUUCUAUAGAUAUACAAUUGAUUUGACAUUAGUGGAUUUCGAACAAAAAGUUCAAUAUUAUAUCAAUGGCCAUUUUAAAAAAUCAUUUCAAUUUUAUAUCCCAUCUAAACAUGAAUCUAUGAAUGUUAUUUCAUUUUCAUGUAAUGGUUUCUCAUUAGGUACUGAUACUACUAAAUUUAAAUCAUCAUUAUGGUUAGAUGUCUUAAAGAAGCAUGAUACUCAACAUUAUCAUGUUAUGCUUGGAGGAGGUGAUCAAAUCUAUUCUGAUGCAGUUAAAUUACAUUCUGAAUACUUGAAAAAAUGGACAACUGAAAGAAAUCCAGUUAAAAAACAUAGUUUACCUGCCACUACUGAAUAUAUUGCUGAAUUGGAAGAUUUUUAUUUAAAUCAUUAUUUGGGAUGGUUUGGAAAAGGAUUUUGGAAAGGAACUAAUGGUAAAACUUUACAAACUAUGUUUCCUCUUACUUUAUCCCAAAUUCCUCUGAUUAAUAUAUAUGAUGAUCAUGAUAUUAUUGAUGGAUUUGGAUCAUAUCAUGAUGCAACUAUGAGAUCUCCAGUAUUUUCAGCCGUUGGAAAUGUAGCUUAUAAAUAUUAUAUGAUUUUCCAACAUCAUAUUAGUCCUGAAGAGAAGUUACAUGAAUCAGAUACUAAUUGGAUUUUAGGUUCAAAUCCUGGACCUUAUAUUAAACAAAAGAAUCAUUCUGUCUAUACCAGAUUAGGUAAACAAAUUGCCUUAGUUGGGUUUGAUUGUAGAACUGAACGUAAGUUGAAACAAGUGGUUACAGAGUCAACUUAUUCUAUAAUCUUCAAAAAGUUAAAAAGUGAAAUUACUGCUGAUCCAAAUAUAAAGCAUUUAUUGGUUAUGUUAGGUAUUCCUAUUUUCUAUCCUCGUUUAGUUUGGUUGGAAUGGUUAUUAACAUCGACUCUUUUCUUACCAAUCAGAGCUUUGGCUGAAAAAGGGGUUGUUGCCAGAGGUUUAGUAAAUGAAUUUGAUGGUGAUGUAGAAGUAUUAGAUGAUUUAAAUGAUCAUUGGUGUUCAAAGCAUCAUAAAAGAGAAAGAAAUAAAUUGAUUCAAGAUUUAAUUCAAUUUGGAUCUGAAAAUGGGGUCAGAAUUACUAUCUUAUCAGGAGAUGUUCAUUUAUGUUGUGUUGGUAGAAUUAAAUCUAAAUAUCAUCAUCAUCUUAAUGCUCAUAAAUUAAUUGGUAAGGAAGAAGAAGCAGAAGAAGAAAAUAAAGAUGUUACUGCAUUCCCAGAGAAUGAUCCAAGAUUAAUUUUUAAUAUUGUUAGUUCUGCAAUUAUCAAUACUCCUCCACCAGAUGCUAUGGCAACUUUAUUAGAUAAGAGAAGUUCUAUUCAUCAUUAUAAUAAAGAUACUGAUGAAGAUGUUAUACCAUUAUUUGUAAAUGAACCUACUGGAGAACCAAGAGGUAAUCAUCAAUUCUUAAAUAAAAGAAAUUGGUCUGAUUUAAUUAUUGCACCUCAAUCUAUUUAUAAAAGGGAAAUAAAUCCUGAAGAUCCGAUUCGUAAAUUUCCUCAACCAGUUAAAUUUGAUAAUCGAGAGAAAUUAACUAUUCAUAAUCAUAAUUUAAAUGAAAAGCAUCCUGAUUCAAGACAUAUAAAGUAUCCUUUAUUAGAAGAUACUUUAGUAACUACAAUUCAUGUUGAACAAGAUACUGAAGAUUUUACUGCUCCAACUACAGAUUAUGAAUUAUUAAUUCCUAGUUUAGCAGGUAAAUAUAAGGUAGAAUUAGCUCCUGUUAAGCACUUACAUUAG